AGGCUUGAGAUGGAGAUGACGUAAAGUAUGCCAUCGCUGGCGGCGUAUCCAGCGGAUGGAAACGCAUCUUCGUUGACUGAUUGUGACGUCUCUUGUCAUCUUCUGCACCACCAACCUACAGCCUACUUUGCUCUCUCCUGCUCGAAUGGUAGCUACUUUUGCUCCUUGAACAACGACCGAGCUUCUUACAACUGCUGCACUACAAAUGCAACAUCGGCUGGGGAAUUUGUCCUCAACCUGGUUAUAAGGAACAUCACGGAAUUGCUCAAUUCAUCCAGCUUGAAGUGCGUGGCCUUGAAUGACUCCAUCAAUCCACUCUGGCCUUGCAACGGUACUUCCUCCUCUACCAACAUCUGGUCGGUAGCCAGGUACGACUGGAGCUUCCUCUUCGUAGUGGUUUUCAUCAUCGCAGGGGGUCUCGGAAACAUCCUCGUCUGUCUUGCAGUUUUAUUGGAUAGAAGACUGCAAAACGUUACCAAUUACUUUCUGCUGUCUUUGGCUAUUGCUGAUCUGUUGGUUAGCUUGUUCGUCAUGCCUCUCGGAGCCAUACCUGGAUUUUUAGGUUGACUCUGCAUAUCCCACGCAGCGCUUGGCACAAGUGACCCCUCUGAGGGAGAAUUUAGUCAGGGGCAUGUAUGACACAAAAAAAUGGAUUACCGUCUAGCAAGGACUGAACCACACCAACAGUCAGC